GUAGAUCUGCAUGUGCGUCUGCAUGUGUGAGAGGAAGAGAAGAGACUGUCAGGGUCGCUGAGGGAAGUCACUCUGUGGCUGUGCAGUGAGCAGAUGCUCACAUGUGCGACUCACUCUGCUUCUGAAUCACCGGAGGAAGAAGUCCUCUCCUACAUCACUUACUUCUCUGUGAUUUUUGUCUGCAUUUUGCAAUUUCUUCAUCUUUGCAGACUUUCUCAUCCACUUUUUCUUCCCUGUAACAUUUUUGUUGCAUCUCUUUAUCCUUCCCCCCUCUUCUCUUAUCAACCAUGGAUAUUGGUGGCUUGACGACAGUUGUAGCCAACUCUGCCUACAUCUCGGCCCGCGGAAGCUUUGAUGGCACUGCCAACCCAGCGGCCAACCGAGACAAGAAGUUCCACUCCCGCCUGAAGCUGCCUCACAUCACGGUGUGCGAGGGUCUGCGGGAGACUUUAGACCUGGGCUUCCAGACGGUCUGUGUGGAGCAGCCCAUUGGCAAACGUCUCUUCCAGGAGUUCCUGGAGUCCAACAACGAGUACAAAGGACCCAGCCGUCUGUGGAAAGACAUCGAGGAGUACAACAAUGCCGAGGAUGAAGAUCGAGUCAACAAAGCGUGCAAGAUCAUAUCGCGUUAUAUGGAGCCUGAUGCCAAGUAUUACUGCCCCUUUCUGCCAGAAAAUGGCAUCACGAAGGUCAAAGAGAAGCACCAACAGGCUUCUGAUGACCUUUUCAACGAGACCAUGGACAGUGUGACGGACUUCCUCAAGGAAGUGCCCUACACUUUCUUCCUGGAGAGUAUGUACCUGAAGAGGUUUCUGCAGUGGAAGUGGCUGGAGAUGCAGCCCAUGGGAGAAGACUGGUUCUUGGAUUUUCGUGUACUGGGGAAAGGGGGUUUUGGGGAAGUCUUUGCCUGUCAGAUGAGGGGCACGGGGAAACUGUACGCCUGCAAAAAGCUCAACAAGAAGAGGCUGAAGAAGAGAAAAGGCUAUGAGGGCGCGAUGGUGGAGAAAAGGAUCCUGGCCCGAGUUCACAGCAGGUUCAUCGUCUCUUUGGCGUACGCCUUCCAGACGAAAACGGAGCUGUGUCUGGUCAUGACCAUCAUGAACGGCGGAGACCUGAGGUACCAUAUCUAUAAUGUGGAUGAGAACAACCCGGGAUUUGAAGAGCCACGAGCCUCCUACUAUGCUGCUCAGAUCAUUCAGGGCCUGGAGCACCUCCACCAGAAGAGGAUCAUCUACAGAGACCUCAAACCAGAGAAUGUGCUGCUGGAUAAUCAAGGUAACGUCCGUAUCUCUGACCUUGGUCUGGCUGUGGAGCUGGCUGAUGACCAGUUUAAAAUCAAGGGCUACGCCGGCACUCCAGGUUUCAUGGCUCCGGAGCUGCUGAAAGGUGAGGAAUACGACUACUCUGUGGAUUAUUUCACUCUGGGAGUCACUCUGUACGAGUUUCUGGCUGCUAAGGGGCCCUUCAGGACCCGAGGAGAGAAGGUGGAGAAUAAGGUUGUGAAGAAGCGGAUUUUGAAUGAUCCGGUAACUUAUCCGGAGAAGUUUAGCGAGAACGCCCGGUCCAUCUGUGAGAGUCUGCUGUGCAAAGAGGUCGACAAGAGGCUCGGCUUCAAGAACAACUCGUGCGACGAGCUGAGGGCGCACCCGUUCUUCAGCGAGAUUAACUGGAGGAAACUGAAUGCAGGGAUCCUUACGCCCCCUUUCGUGCCGGACUCCAAAACAGUUUACGCCAAGGACGUCGAUGACGUCGGGGCCUUCUCCACGGUUAAAGGCGUGCAGCUGGACGACAAGGACGUGGACUUUUUCGACGAGUUCGCCUCGGGGAACAUCCCCAUCCCCUGGCAGGAGGAGAUGAUCGAGACCGGCAUCUACGGCGAGCUCACAGUCUGGGGUCCGGGCGGCACUUUACCCAACGACCUGCGGCGGGAAUCCAUCCUGGAGCAGCCGCCCAAGUCCUCCACCUGCGCUGUGUCGUAAAGGGUUUCAAAUGACAUGAACUUUUUGCUUUUCUAGCACUUUUUCUACAGGUGGUCAGUACAGGUUAGACAUAAGUGUAUUUCGUCAUGAUAAAGCUGUACUGGUGGAGCUGCUCUAAGCCAUAAUCAGGGUUUUACGGUAUUAUUUGCGCUUUGUGUUCAGUUUGUUGCUGUAACGUCAUUUUGACUUCUCUUUGAGUUUUACAGGAACAAUUGAUUAUUCAGUGUUUGUGCGCGUGGACCGCAAAAAACUGCUUUUGUUUGUCUGCUUUUUUGCCAGCAUUCAGACUCUCUGAAAUGCAACUUAAUUAAUCAAAAACGUGGCAAAAACACCUGCACAGGUGAGCGCAUGUAUGCAGGUUUACGUCUGUGUUUCCACUUUUCAGCUCCAACAUUUUUGCACACUUUAAUAAGACUCUACCUGUAGCUGUAGAGAUAUUUAUGGAUUUAAAUAAAUACUUUGCCAUUAAAA